UACAGUCUCUCUUGAUCAGAAAUUGGCGAAGUAGUCUCUUAAUAACAGGAACACCGACCCAGAAGCAGCAGCUACUUAUCAAAACUUUCACUCAAUCAGGUUUUGUGAUUGCAAUGGAGUCGAUGAAAGGCCAAGGAGGCAUCCAAAUGCUAUUAACUGCAGAACAAGAGGCCCAGCAAAUUGUUUCUGCUGCUAAAAACUUAAAAACGACAAGGUUGAGGCAGGCUAGGGAAGAAGCGGAGAAGGAAGCUGCACUUUAUCGUACCAAGAUGGAGUCUGAGUACCAAAAGAAAAUCUCAGAGACAAGUGGAAACUCCGACUCCACUGUAAAGCAACUUGAAGUAGAAACAGAACUGAAGAUUAAGAACAUGAAGGAGGCGACAUCAAAGACUUCGCCAGAACUGAUUAAGAAGAUAAUCAAGUACAUUAUAAAAGUCUGACCAACUGAUUGUUCAUGAUGGUCAGCCCAUCUACUACC